UCCUCAUUCUGAUUUACUUACUUAAUGUGGUCAACUACGAGAAGAUCGUGUAGGAUCGAUGGACCCCGUUAAUUUUCGCGUCUAAUUUCAGUUCCGGGAAAGAAAUAGAAGAUGUCCGUUGUAAGUUCAGUGUAGAUAAGUAAGAGCAAGGUUAAAAAAAGAUGGAAGUGACUUCUUUGAAUUUUCAAGAAGUCCUUGUGGAAUUGGACGAAGUUAUAAAAAGUGCAACAUUCCUUGCCAUUGAUGGUGAAUUUACAGGACUGAAUUCAGGGCCUGAUGCUGGUGCCUUUGACACACCUGCUCAGUAUUAUGCAAAUUUGAGAUCGGGAUCAAUGGAUUUUCUUCUAAUACAAUUUGGCCUUUCUGUAUUUACAUUCAAUACACAAACUCAAAAGUACAAUCAACGAUCAUACAAUUUUUACGUUUUUCCGCGCCCCCUAAAUCGUACAGCUCCGGAUUUGAGAUUCAUGUGUCAGACAUCCAGUAUGUCGUUUUUAGCAUCGCAAGAAUUCGACUUCAAUAAACUUUUCAAAUUAGGCAUUCCUUACUUAACAGCAAGCGAAGAAGAAAAAUUGAUCAAACGAUUGGAGGAGAAGCAAAAGAUAAGGGAUGAAACAUUAGAGAUUUUGCCUAUUACGGAUGUUGAGAGGCCUCAGAUCGAAGAUAUUUGUAGAAAGAUGGAUGAAUUCAUCACUUCUGAAGAAGAAGAACUAGUGAUUGAUAAGUGUAGUGCUUUUAUUAGACGACUAGUUUAUCAGGAAGCAAAGCUGAGGUGGCCAAAUAAAUUGAGGAUUGAAAGUAAAAUGGAGAAUUUUGGAUGUAAUCUCGUUGUACAAAGAUUAGGAACUAAAGAAGAAGAAGAACAAAGGGAGAUUGAAAAAAGAGAGAAAGAAAGAGAAGAAAUUCAACAUGCAGUUGGAUUAAGUAUACUCAUGAGAAAAAUUUCAGAUUCUGGAAAGUUAUUAGUUGGUCAUAAUAUGUUACUAGAUCUCUGUCAUAUAAUACAUCAAUUUUUUGGAUAUUUGCCAGAAUCAUAUUUGGAAUUUAAGUCUCUUCUUCAUGGUCUAUUUCCAAGAAUUUUAGAUACAAAAAUAAUUUGCCAUUCGCAGCAAUUCAAGGAAAAUGUACCAUCGUCGAAUUUAGGUAUAUUGCUAGAAACAGUUAGUAAAUCACCGUUUAAAAUUACAGAAGUGGAACCUAUCGAUGGCAGAAGUUAUUCAACGCUGACAGAAAAAUGUCACGAGGCCGGUUACGAUGCAUAUAUAACUGGAAUAUGUUUCAUUGCAUUGUCUAAUUAUCUUGGUUCCUUACAAAACCCCGAAGUGCCGAUAGUUUUAUCGGAUUCAUCAUUACUCGACCCUUUUCUAAACAAACUCCUCAUAGCAAGAUUGAAAGAUAUUCCGUACAUAAACCUUGUCGGAGAAGAUCCUAAUCCAAAUAGAGAUCAUAUAUUACAUAUAACAUUCCCAAAAGAGUGGAGGUUUAAUGAUAUAUCUCAAUUGUUUAGUCCGUUUGGAGGUGUGCAUGUGUCAUGGUUAAAUGACACGUCUGCAUAUAUAGGACUACACCGUCGAGAUCAAGUUAACGCAGUAAUGAAAAUUCUAGGUAAAACGAAUACCUAUAAGAUUCAAAGGUAUGCUGAUUAUCAAGCUUCUCUAGGGGUGACCGUUGGCGCAGGAGAUCGUAAACGGAAAUUAUCCUCGUAUGAGGCUGUCUCGCCGAAGAAAGGGGAAAACUCCGUGCCAACGAACGGCGUGAAGACCACUAAGGACGACGAUGGCUGGGAAGUAGCCACAGGUAAUGACCCCGAAUUAUCAUCAGAGUCCAUCAUCCCUUGCUCCUAUCCUCAUGAACGAUCGAGAGCCACGUCGAGGCCCCGUGGAAGUUAUCACGAGGCCGUCGAGCCGCUCUUAUUAGAGCCAAUGAAGGUCGAGCAGAAAGUCAAAUUAAAGAACAGCCUUAGUUUGCCUACGGAUUUCCAGAACGAACGAAAAAAGGACGCGGUGCCGAAAUACACGAUAAUGAAACGAAACGCGGGAUCUGAUAACGAUAACAAGGUAGACGAUACGAGGGAAGUUUCAAAAAAUACUGAAAAUAAAUCGUCGAACACGGCCAAAGACGAUCGUCAUAAUUCGUUGAUAUUAAGCAAUCGUAGCUGCAAGCCGGGAAAAACAAAGAAAUAUAAUUCUAACAAAGGCACGAGUCAACAAUCUGUGUCAAUGCAAAUUGGUUCGUGUAGUAAUAAAUUGUCUGAGAGAAAGUCAUCCGUUUCGACAAAGUAUAAAGAAAGUGAAGCGUCAGUUGAAUCUUCGUUUUCCUUGAAAAAGACGUCUAGUACAGCUUCUUCCCCGUCAGCUAGUCCUCAUCUAGGAAACCGGGCGAAAAAACAAUCGAAAACGAAACCGAUAGUAGUAGAAAAAUUCCAUAGCUCGAAAAAUACCUUGGCGCUUGAUAAAAAAAGAUUUUUGUCAAAUGAUAAGAAACAAAAUGAUUCAGAAUUGUUCUUUGAUCCAUCUGAUGCAAGUCGGAUUGAACAACGAUUCAGUACAGGCAAAUGUUUGUUUAUCAUGUUAGCAAAAAUUUUUACUAUAAUUUUCCUUUAUUACAUUGCGAUUAAGACGGAUUGAAGGAAAUGAAAUGUGAUUUUUAUUCGAGUUUCGAAGAAUAAUGCUGUUGACAACGCAACGAUAGCUGACUGUUCCUGGUGCUCGAUCGUCAAUUCCUUAAAUUUACUUAAUUUGUUUCUACUUUAAAGCAUAAAUAGUUCGAUGACGUUUUUAGAAAGUAUUUAUUUUUUAAUUCAAAAGAGGCCCUGGGUACUAUACAGUCAAGGAGAGGAAUCCUUGUCUUAAGCUAUAUUGUUAGUAUAUAUGAUUUUCAUUAUUUAAUGAUCACGUUUUUUUUUGUAUUUAAUAUUUUAUACAUGUUUUUAUAAAAUAUUUCAUUUGAUAAAUGUAUAGAACUUGCAAUUAUUAUGCAACGGAACUGAAAUUGGAGCUACAUGUGACGAUGUAUACGAAAUGUCUCAACUAUCGUGGCAGCGAACCGAAUGGUGGUUUCUCAUGUAAAGAUAAGUUAAAGAUGCACAACAAAGUGUUUGUAUAUGCAACUUCGUUUACGAGAAUGAUUUUGUCGAAAAUUGAUUCAGUUACACAUCUAGUGAUUGUAAAACGAAGUUUCAGCAAAAAGUUUGUUUUGUACUCUUUACUUCGCCGUAGGGAAUCUCCAUCUACCUAUCCACGAUGGCUGGGCGUUGUGUAUACAAUUUAACUAAUGACCAGUC